AUGGCGAACGAGCUGAUCAACCGGCGACACGAAUCAGACCAACCGACCACCGAUUCUUCAUACUACCCAAAACCGAUCAAACCAUGGUUCUUGGUGACUCGUCCGAUGCGUUACAUACUCCGAGAACAGAGACUUCUCUUCGUCCUCGUCGGCAUUGCAAUCGCGACUUUGGUUUUCACAAUCUUCCCUCGAUCAACCCAAUCAAUCUCUUACUCCGAUCCGUUCUCCGGUUACGGAAUCAGACCCGACGAAUCGUACCUCCCAGCGAUUCAAUCCCAGAGGAAACCUAAUCUGGAGUACUUGGCCCGGAUCGGAGCAACGGGUGGUAAAAUCCCACUGGGAUUGAAACGUAAAGGGUUAAGAGUCGUUGUAACCGGUGGUGCUGGUUUCGUUGGUUCGCAUCUUGUGGAUCGGUUAAUGGAAAGAGGAGAUACUGUGAUUGUUGUUGAUAAUUUCUUUACAGGUCGUAAAGAGAAUGUGAUGCAUCAUUUCGGUAACCCUAAUUUCGAAAUGAUAAGGCACGAUGUUGUUGAACCGAUUUUGCUUGAAGUUGAUCAGAUCUAUCAUUUGGCUUGUCCUGCUUCUCCUGUUCAUUACAAAUUCAAUCCUACGAAUGUGGUUGGAACGUUGAACAUGCUUGGUUUGGCGAAACGAGUCGGUGCUAGAUUUCUUCUGACGAGUACUAGUGAAGUCUAUGGUGAUCCUCUUCAACAUCCUCAGGUCGAGACUUACUGGGGAAACGUUAAUCCCAUUGGUGUUCGUAGUUGCUACGAUGAAGGGAAACGUACGGCAGAGACGCUGACCAUGGACUAUCACAGAGGUGCCAAUGUUGAGGUCAGGAUUGCUAGGAUCUUCAACACAUACGGUCCAAGAAUGUGUAUAGAUGAUGGGCGUGUGGUCAGCAACUUUGUUGCACAGGCACUAAGGAAAGAACCGUUGACUGUUUAUGGUGAUGGGAAGCAGACAAGGAGUUUCCAGUAUGUUUCUGAUCUGGUCGAAGGUUUGAUGAGAUUGAUGGAAGGAGAACACGUCGGGCCAUUUAACCUCGGUAACCCUGGUGAAUUCACCAUGCUCGAGCUCGCUAAGGUGGUUCAAGAGACGAUUGAUCCAAACGCAAACAUAGAGUUUAGGCCAAACACAGAAGAUGACCCACACAAGAGAAAGCCUGAUAUCACAAAGGCCAAAGAGCUUUUAGGUUGGGAACCAAAGGUCUCUCUUCGUCAGGGACUCCCUCUCAUGGUCAAGGACUUCCGUCAACGUGUGUUUGGUGACCAGAAGGAAGGUUCCUCCAUGGCUGGAACCACCACCAAAACAACCUCGGCUUGA